ACAGCCCCCAGUCGAGCAAGCGCCGGAACGAGCACCGCCCGGGCAGGAGCAGACGGCGCAGAACAGCCAGGCUGCGGCGCGCGUCGGAAAGACUCCCGGGAAAUUCCCACGGCCCUGGGACUUUGGAGAGAGCAAGCAGCCUCUGCGCGCUCAAGUCUGCAAGUGCGCGCUCAGCCCCGCACCUGUUUCUUCCGCGCCACAGCCUUCCCACCCCUCGAACCCGCGCCUCCCCGGGCGCCCGCCCGCUCCCGCGAUGAAUCCGGUGCUGGGCAACCAGACCGAUGUGGUGGGCCUGUUCCUGGCCAACAGCAGCGAGGCGCUGGAGCGCGCGGUGCGCUGCUGCACCCAGGCGUCCGUGGUGACCGACGACGGCUUCGCGGAGGGGGGCCCGGACGAGCGCAGCCUGUACAUCAUGCGCGUGGUGCAGAUCGCCGUCAUGUGCGUGCUCUCGCUCACCGUGGUCUUCGGCAUCUUCUUUCUUGGCUGCAACCUCCUCAUCAAGUCUGAGGGCAUGAUCAACUUCCUGGUGAAGGACCGGAGACCGUCUAAAGAGGUGGAGGCGGUGAUCGUGGGGCCCUACUGACAGGCCCCCGGCGCCGCGGCAGCCGCCCCACGCCUCCCCACUUCGCCAGCCCGGCCGCGCCCCCUCACCAUCCGAGACUGGGCGAAGCAGACCUGUCGGAGUCAGUUACUUCUCUCGACUUCUGCCUUUCGGAAUGAAGCAACCCGUUUCUCGCUCGCCCUCUUAAAGUCCCCAGGCCUGGCUGUAGGAAGAGAGAGCCCUAACCCCGGACUCAGCAGCAAGUGGCAAGAAGGCGAUUAGGGCACAGAACUUUGGAAGCUGCCGCUAGCGCGGGAUGCUGGGAGACCUACCCGGCCAAGGCCCUUUUCCACCCACAGGUGGGCCAAGCUCUGGGGGCAGGUGGAGAGGGCGGGCAGGGGAGAGACCGGCGGCACUGCCUGCCUGGUGACCGGAAAAGUGAGCCGCGUAUACUUCACUCAACGGAACUAAUGGGAAAACGCAAAUCUGUGUUGGAUUCGCGCGGGUUCCCUCCCGCUUCUCCCAGCCCUGGCGGGAGAGACGAUAAAUACCUUUGGUUGAUUGUAACUAGCCCUUUUAAAGGAUUUUGUGUUUCUUUGCUUGAAUACAAAUAAUUUGAUGUCUUUUACUGCCCUAGUGGCCUGUUUGCCUGCCCGAGGGUUAGAGUUUUGUUAUCGGGAGAAAGGGUGGGGGAGGGGAGCCUGCGAAUGUGAACAAGGCGAGUUGUUUCUUUUAUUUCAUUUCCUACUGGGUCUUUGGUGGGGGGCUGGCACUCCAGCUGGCCCCGGGACAAAGGCUUUAAAUAGAACUCAUAGCUCGUGACUGCACGGUUUACGCCACAAAAGUGCUCUUGACAUUUCGUGACACCGUUUGGACUCCCCCCUCCCCUUUAUUUAACACCUCCUUAAUAAAUGCAACGUUUCAGUGUUUU